AUAAAAAAAAUAAAAAAAAUUCUCUCUCUUCUCUCUCUCUCUCUAAACUCUAAAUCUCUAUCUAAAACAAAAAUGGAACCUAACGACGCGCAACAACUACCACAACUCAGCUCCUACUACCACCACCACCACCACCAUCACCACCUCCCCUCCCCCACAACCACCUCGGCCACUGCCCCCACUCCCUCGCCCACUAAUGGCCUGCUUCCUCCACCUCCUCACUCCACCAACAACGACGACGGCGCUGGGUCCCACCACCACCAACACAAUCCAAUGGUGUACCCUCACUCCGUCGCGUCUUCCGCCGUGACCUCCCCGCUGGAGCCGGCGAAGAGGAAGCGUGGAAGACCCAGAAAGUACGGGACGCCGGAGCAGGCCUUAGCGGCCAAGAAAACAGCGUCGGCUUCUAACUCCAAAGAGAAGAGAGAGCAACAACAACAAGAAGGCCUGUUGGGUUCCAACUCUUCGUCUCCGUUCUCUAAGAAGUCUCAGCUUGUCGGUUUUGGAAAUUCUGGGCAAGGUUUUACUCCUCAUGUCAUUAGUGUAGUUGCUGGUGAGGAUGUUUCACAGAAAAUCAUGAUGUUCAUGCAACAAAGUAAGCGUGAGAUAUGUAUUCUGUCUGCAUCUGGUUCGAUCUCUAAUGCAUCUCUGCGGCAGCCAGCAACAUCAGGGGGUAAUAUUACAUAUGAGGGUCGUUUUGAGAUCAUUUCAUUGUCUGGGUCCUAUGUGCGGACGGAAAUUGGAGGAAGGACUGGUGGGCUUAGUGUUUGCCUAUCUAGUACAGAUGGCCAGAUCAUUGGAGGAGGAGUUGGUGGACCCCUAAAGGCUGCCGGUCCAGUUCAGGUUAUUGUUGGUACCUUUCAGAUUGACCCUAAGAAGGAUGUUAAUGCUGGUUUAAAAGGUGAUGCUUCUGGCAGCAAGUUGCCAUCGCCAGUUGGCGGGGCAUCAGUAUCAAGUGUUGGCUUCCGCUCACCAGUUGAAUCUUCUGGGAGAAAUCAUGUCCGAGGAAACGAUGAUUUUCAAACUAUUGGAAGAAGUCAUUUCAUGAUUCAACCUUCUGGUAUGCAUGUGUCUCCUUCACAGACAGAAUGGAGGAGUAGCCUGGAUGCUAGAACUUCUGCUGAUUAUGACUUGACAGGAAGAGCAGGGCGUGGAGCACAUCAAUCUCCCGAAAAUGGGGACUAUGACCAAAUUCCAGAUUAGAAAUUGUCUUUGAAGCAUGAAGGUACUAUUUUGCGGUAGAUAUAUCUGACUCAUAGGUGCUUUUGCAAGAUCAAAUAGAUGUACAACUCCCUUUGCACACUGUCAAGAAUGUGGUAUCAUGUCUGUACAGAUCAAUGGUACUCUUUUACUCUUUGUCAGCUGAUGGUAUUCAAAUCUUGCACCAUAUUACAAAUUUCCCCUGACUGAAUUUAUUUACAAAUUUUUCAUGUCUCCAUUGCUAUUCGAGCAUUGGCAUAUGUAUAUUUGAGUUCUUGGCUAUUUCCCUUGUAUCACUAGUAGAUGGAGGUUAAAUAUAGCGACUUGUCUUCAAGAAACAUGCUUAUGCAACUUGGGAUGCAUAUAAUAUGCACAUAAUGGCUGUCUGGUCUCCAUCCAGGAAAAGUAGAAGAUAACUUUAGGUGUUGUUUGGUUGUGCUGUUUGAAAGAAUCCUUGACUGUAUGCCACUUUCGGUUUCUUCAUGCAUAGAAGUCAACCAUAUUUGGUAGAUUUCUAUCCCGAAUACAGUUACUAAAGCUGGCUGUGCAUAGCGAUGGUGGUGGUGGCGGUGCUGAGAAGUGACAAGUGACAUGGACAGAUUGUUUUGAAGGGUGAGGUGGGCGUGGUAAUGGGGGUUUUGUAUAGACUUGGAAGGAAGACAUUGACAAUUAACUCUUGGGACUCAGCACCAGCUACUUUAUUACAGAUGUUGAAAUGGCAUGUAACCCUAUUGUGGCAUGGAAAGUCAUCUAUCUUGAUAGAAAAUUUAAUUAAAUUUAGAGACUGAGAGAGGUGCAUUUUAGGUGGGGUUUCCAAUAAUGUAAAAGAGUCUGACGUUGAAAUCAUUUUCUAAAUACUGCCAAGACAUUUGAGAGAAUCGGUCUCUCUCUCUUCCUUUUUAAUAAAGAAAAAGCCUCUUACUAAA